CGAGAGCAGAAAAGUUAAAUAAUAACCUUUCUCGUUAUAGGUUUAAAUGUAUAUAAAACCAUAUUUUUGUCUCUAUAAUUGCCUGAGAUAAACAUGUUUAAUAUGUGAGAAUAUCAAUAGUUUCGCCGUUUUCUACUGGAGCUAGCUGUACUAUUACAGAGCAAUAACAUUUUGAAUCCUGAACAAUAUCCUUUUCUAGUUCUCCAAUGAACUGGCAGCAGCAUUUAAAUAUCUGGUUUUACAUUAUCGGAUCAUCGUUAUUUAUCAUUGGUUCAACGUUUUUUCAACCUUAUUUCUCAUCAACCCCAUCCUACCUUAAAAUAGGUGUUAUAGCAUUUAUUAUUGGAUCAAUUUGUUUCUUAGCGGCCUCAUUUCAACAGUUGUUGACAAAUUUUCGAUCCAUUUCAUCCACAAAUGAUGCAGAACCACUAGUUGAAACAUCCAAUGAGAAAAUUCAAGAUUUAGCUGUGUCAAUAUGUAGAAAUACAUUGAGCGUUGUCAAUGGUCUUCUCUUUACAAUUGGUUCAGUAGCCUUUUGGCCCUCAUAUGGUCAUUGUGGAGCACUUGUUGGCAAUUGGUUUUACAGAACAGGAGCAGUUCUGGAAGAUGACUCAACAGGAAAAGUUGCUAUGGAUUUAAAAAGUACUGUAAAAGGUCAAGAAGAUGGUGCAAAGCUUCAUCGCUUAACAAACGAAAAUGUUACGCCAGGAAGCAAUCUACUAGGACAUCAAGAUUCAGCUCAACCUAGGAUUAGAUUUAGUGGUGAUGUUGUUGGAAAGGCAUCAUCAAAAUAA